CACGCCGCUACUUGCUGCGCACGUACCCAAAGUCGGCGCCGAGUACUAAUACUCCCAAAACAAACGAAAAGCGCCUUAUAAUAAGUCCUAGGUUUCUCCCGCGAUUGUGCAACGUGGUCUCCGGAGGAGGAGGAGGAAGAGGAAGAGGAGGAGAAGCGGAGGUGGGGUCAGUAAUGGCGGUGGCGAGUCUCUACCGGCGAAUACUCCCCUCCCCUCCCGCGAUCGAGUUCGCCUCUUCCGAAGGGAAGUGUCUCUUCUCCGAAGCACUUCAAGGUGGUACUAUGGAAGGGUUUUUCAGACUGAUUUCGUACUUCCAAACUCAAUCUGAGCCUGCAUACUGUGGAUUGGCCAGCCUAUCUGUGGUCCUCAAUGCUCUUGCAAUAGAUCCAGGAAGAAAGUGGAAAGGUCCCUGGAGAUGGUUUGAUGAGUCGAUGUUGGAUUGCUGCGAACCUUUGGAGAAAGUUAAGGCUGAAGGCAUUACAUUUGGAAAAGUUGCAUGCUUGGCUCAUUGUGCUGGAGCUAAGGUUGAAGCUUUCCGUACGAAUCAAAGCACAAUUGAUGAAUUCCGCAAGUAUGUCAUGCAAUGUGCUUCCUCCGAAGAAUCCCACAUGAUUGCAUCAUACCACAGGAAACAUUUCAAGCAGACAGGGACCGGUCAUUUUUCACCAAUCGGUGGUUAUCAUGCUGGAAGAGACAUGGCGCUCAUUUUGGAUGUUGCUCGAUUUAAGUACCCUCCCCAUUGGGUGCCUCUGACACUUCUUUGGGAAGCCAUGAAUACAAUUGACGAAGCAACAGGAUGUCCAAGGGGGUUUAUGCUUAUUUCAAGACUUCAGAAGGCUCCAUUGCUUUAUACCCUGAGCUGCAGACACGAGAGCUGGCUCAGCAUGGCAAAGUAUUUGGUCGAUGAGGUGCCUAUUCUUUUAAAGUCUGAAACUCUAGACAGUGUGCCCGCAGUACUCUCCCUAUUUAUUAAAUCACUCCCUUCCAGUGCUGGUGAUUUCAUUAAGUGGGUUGCAGAAGUUCGGAGGCAAGAGGAAGGUGGUUCAACCUUAAGCAAUGAGGAGAAAGCGAGGCUUGCCCUGAAGGAAGAGGUGCUGCGACAAGUUCAUGACACUGAACUGUUCAAAGUCAUAAAAGAAUUACUACUAUCUUCUGCUAGUCCUUGUUGCCUCAAUUUGUCAUCUUCUUCUGACAAUGAUUCGUUGCCUGAAAUUGCGGCUAAUAUCUGUUGCCAAGGGGCUGCACUUUUAACCGGGAAUUUCCUCAUGCGCGAAGGGAUCUGCUGCAAGGGUACAUGUUUGAAAUGCUUGAAGAAUAAUGGGGAUGGCCAUGCGACUAUUGUUUCUGGGACAGUGGUUUCGGGCGGCAAUAAACAAGGUGUUGAUGUGCUUGUACCUGUUUCACCUGCUAAACCCGUUUGUUGUUCAGGCUUGAGUAGUUGCACUAUGAUGCAUCCUGCAAGCAAUGAUGUUUUAACUGUUCUUUUGUUGGCUUUACCUCCCCGAACCUGGUCGGAUAUCAAAGAUCAGAGGUUAUCUGAUGAAAUUCAAGGUCUAGUUUCGACAGAUAAACUUCCGGAUCUUCUUCAUGAUGAGGUUUUGCAUUUGAGGCAGCAGCUUCAUUUUCUAAAGAGAUGCAAAGACAAAGAGGUGGACAACGAUCCAGUAGUUCCUUCAAGUUCUUAACUAAUUGUUUAACUGUUGCAACAAAGUGUAGGUACCAUUAUUUAUGAGGAAAGGGCAACUCCUAUUACUGUUUUGUUCAUUACAAAGCCAACAACAGGGACAGUUUUUUCAAGUAAUAAGUUUUUUGUUCAGGGCAAUUGAUUGUAGUAUUUAAGGUGACACCUUGAUGGUUGAUGAGCAGCACUGGAAAUAUGCCUUACAUUUCACUUGACAUUGUUUCAGUUAGUUUUUAUUUUAUAAUUUUGUUUUACUCAGAUUUUCUUUUGUGUACUAAUUAAUGUGGAUUGGACUUGUUCUUACAAGGAUUGAAAUUUUCAGUAUAUUUUUUUGGCUUCUUACCGAAAUAACCGGGCCGAAAGAAA